CCACUAGCACCUCUCUACAAUGAAGGCAACCUCUGCCUAUAAAUUAAUGUGAUACAACUUAUACAAAUUCACUCAAUUCCUUCUACUCAUUAGAACCACAAAGAAAAUGGAUUCAAAGUUUGCUCACAUCAUUGUUUUCUUUCUUCUUGCAACUUCUUUUGAUACUUUCAUGGCACGAAAAGAAAGUGAUGGAUCAGAAGUCAUAAAUCUUAAGAAAUUGGAAUCUGAAUCUUUCUGCAAAGGAAAACUAAUCUGGCCAGAACUUAUUGGUGUACCAACAAAGCUUGCUAAGAAAAUAAUUGAGAAGGAAAAUCCAUUCAUUAAUGAUGUUCCAAUAGUAUUGAGUGGAACUCCAGUCCCAUUAGAUUAUCGUUGUAAUAGAGUUCGUCUUUUUGAUAACAUUUUGGGUGAUGUUGUAGUAAUUCCUGUGGUUAGUUAAUUAAUGGAUCAUUGAAGUAAUUAAGCAGCCACAAUACGUGAAAAAAUAAUUAGGGUUCAUGUAUGUUCAUUAUAAUGCCUCCAUGUACUCUUACUAUAUAUAAUGAAAUAAAUAAGUGUGGCUUAAUUAA